GCUCGGUGAUCGGGAUCUGAGUGUGCGGACGGUUUUCCUACUGUUUCUACGUACAUAAACAGAUUCCCCUUGAAGAUUCAUUUACCCCUCAAACUGUUUGUCUGUCUUGUCAUACACUUCUUUCUUUCUCCAUCGACAGUCAAUUUCAUCCUCAUAACACAGAAACAUGUCUACCGUGGGCAAGACCAUCACCUGUAAGGCCGCCGUUGCCUGGGAGGCCGGUAAGCCUCUCUCCAUUGAGGACAUUGAAGUUGCUCCUCCCAAGGCCAACGAGGUCCGUAUCCAGAUCUACUACACUGGUGUUUGCCACACAGAUGCCUACACUCUCUCCGGUAAGGACCCUGAGGGUGCUUUCCCCAUUGUCCUCGGACACGAGGGUGCUGGUAUCGUUGAGUCCGUUGGUGAGGGCGUCACCAACGUCAAGCCUGGUGACCACGUCGUUGCCCUUUACACCCCCGAAUGCAAGGAGUGCAAGUUCUGUAAGUCCGGAAAGACCAACCUCUGCGGCAAGAUCCGAGCCACUCAGGGUAAGGGUCUGAUGCCCGAUGGUACCUCUCGAUUCAAGUGCAAGGGCAAGGAUCUGCUUCACUUCAUGGGCACCUCCACCUUCUCUCAGUACACCGUCGUCGCCGACAUCUCCGUAGUCGCCAUUGAGCACGAUGCUCCUAUGGACCGAACCUGCCUGCUUGGCUGCGGUAUUACCACUGGAUAUGGUGCUGCUACCAUCACAGCCAAUGUUCAGGAGGGUGAUAACGUGGCCGUCUUCGGUGCCGGAUGUGUCGGUCUUUCAGUCGUCCAGGGUGCCGCCGCCCGUAAGGCUGGCAAGAUCAUUGUUGUUGAUGUCAACCCCUCCAAGAAGGCAUGGGGUGAGAAAUUCGGUGCUACUCACUUCGUGAACCCCACCGAGCUCGGUGACCAAUCCAUCCAAGACAAGCUCAUUGAGAUGACUGAUGGUGGUUGUGACUACACCUUCGACUGCACUGGCAACGUUGGUGUCAUGCGUGCUGCCCUCGAGGCUUGUCACAAGGGUUGGGGUGAGAGCAUUGUCAUCGGUGUUGCUGCCGCUGGUCAGGAGAUUUCCACUCGACCAUUCCAACUUGUUACCGGCCGAGUGUGGCGAGGAUGUGCAUUCGGUGGUGUCAAGGGCCGCUCUCAGCUGAACGACCUUGUCGCCGACUACAAGAAGGGUGAUCUCAAGGUCGACGAGUUCAUCACCCACCGCAAGACUCUCGGCGAGAUCAACAACGCCUUCGAGACGAUGAAGCAGGGUGACUGUAUCCGUGCCGUUGUCGAUAUGCAAAAGCUUGAGCCUAAGAUUUAAUGACCCAAAAUGUAGUAUAGAUAAAUGAUCUCAAAAUUUUAUGUUAAAAUGGCAAACUGUUUCCCUCUGCACCGGGAACUGCUCUUAUUAUGUGACAAAUUUGAGGACCUUGA